AUGAACAAUGGGCUACCUGCCAAAACUAUUGUAUUAGACAAUGGCGCUUAUAAUGUGAAAGCAGGAUUUGCUGGUGGGAAUGUUCUAGAAAUACCUAAUUGCCUUACAAAGUCAAAGGAUGGGAAUCGCUUGUUUUUAGGAGACGAAUUAUCGAAUUGUAAUGAUUUUACCACAUUACAGUUUCGUAGAGCGCAUGAAAAAGGAUAUCUUGUAAACUGGAGUACAGAGACAGCUGUAUGGGAUCAAGUGAUGCGGCGGUUGGGCAUCACUGAACCUAGUAUGGACGGUUAUUCAUUGAUAUUAACACAGCCUCCGUUUACGAUGCCUUCUAUAGAACUCAACACGAUUCAGCUGGUUUUUGAAGAGUUUGGGUUUGAUGCAUAUUUUGCAUGUACGCCGGCGGAAUUAAUCUCAUGGGAUCAUGAAUGCUUCACAAAGGGCGAUGAAGCUUCUUACAAAGAUGCACAUGGUGAAUGCAUUUUAGUAAUUGAUUCUGGCUAUAGCUUUACCCAUAUUAUCCCCGUCAUUGAUUCUCAAGUUCAAGAGAAUGCCGUACGCAGAAUUGAUGUUGGGGGCAGAUUUUUGACCAAUUUUUUAAAAGAAGUUAUUUCUUAUCGUAAAUAUAACAUGAUGGAAGAGACCUAUUUAAUGAAUGAAAUCAAAGAGUCGGUAUGCUUUGUCUCCCAAAACUUUGCGCAAGACCUGAAUCUUGCGCAGACGAAGCCAAAGUCUAAAUAUGACAUUCUGUAUGCCCUGCCAGACUACAGUUCCGGCAAGUUUGGACAUGUAGUCAAAGACUUGAACAAAAUUAUCGACCAGCAGGUUUUAAAACUUGCUAAUGAGCGAUUCGCUAGUCCGGAACUUUUAUUUUCUCCAUCUGAUGUUGGUUUACAGGAAGCCGGCAUUCCUGAAGCUGUCAUGCAAAGUGUACAAGGCUUUCCCGAAGAAAUUGGGGCAUUGCUUCUAGGUAAUAUCGUUACCAUAGGCGGAAACUGUAAAUUUCCAGGAUUCCAUCAGCGGUUGGAAGCUGAGUUACGAUCACUUUCGCCAGAAGACAUAGACCUUCGUGUUUUUCAACCGUCCAAUCCAUCCACAUAUGCUUGGAACCGCGGAGCCCACAUGCCUGGUAAAUAUUGGAAUGCUAAUAGUAUCUCUAAGUCAGAAUAUCUUGAGCAUGGCCCAAACAUUCUGUAUAGAAGGAAAUAG